UCCCCUGUCCAUCACUUCACACACUGUUCACCUGAGAGAGGGAUCUGACCGAGGAAAAUAACUAUAACCAUCCAACACUGAGCCGCACUACCUUUAGCACCAGUGUCUUUUACUUCGAAUCGAUUCAGACGUGUGAUUUAAAAAGAAACGAAAAAAAAUACAGCCAUGGGCUGGAGUCUCCUCUUCUCCCUGCUAUUGGCACUGACAAUUGUGCCAGUAGCCUUUACCCAGACAACGGCAAUAAGCUCUACAACAGCUGGAUCCACCGCUAGUACCACAAUGAUCAGCACUACAGCAGCUGGAUCAACCCCUAGCACCCCAAUGAUGAGCUCUAUAGCAAUCGGAUCCACAGUCAGUACCACAAUGGUGAGCUCUAUAGCAACCGGAUCCACCGCAAGUACCCCGAUGAUGAGCUCUACAACAGCUGGAUCCACAGCAAGUACCCCAAUGAUGAGCUCUACAACAGCUGGAUCAACCCCUAGUACCCCGAUGAUAAGCUCUACAACAGCUGGAUCAACCCCUAGUACCCCGAUGAUAAGCUCUACAACAGCUGGAUCAACCCCUAGUACCCCGAUGAUAAGCUCUACAACAGCUGGAUCAACCCCUAGUACCCCGAUGAUGAGCUCUAUAGCAGCUGGAUCCACUGCAAGUACCCCAAUGAUGAGCUCUAUAGCAACCGGAUCCACAGUCAGUACCCCAAUGAUGAGCUCUACAGCAUCAGGAUCAACCCCUAGUACCCCGAUGAUGAGCUCUAGAGCAACCGGAUCCACCGCAAGUACCCCGAUGAUGAGCUCUAUACCAACCGGAUCCACCGCAAGUACCCCAAUGAUGAGCUCUAUAGCAACCGAAUCCACCGCAAGAACCCCAAUGAUGAGCUCUAUAGCAACCGGAUCCACAGCAAGUACCCCAAUGAUGAGCUCUACAGCAGCCGGAUCCAUCGCAAGUACCCCAAUGAUGAGCUCUACAGCAGCUGGAUCAACCCCUAGCACCCCAAUGAUGAGCUCUAUAGCAAUCGGAUCCACAGUCAGUACCACAAUGGUGAGCUCUACAGCAGCCGGAUCCAUCGCAAGUACCCCAAUGAUGAGCUCUACAGCAGCUGGAUCAACCCCUAGCACCCCAAUGAUGAGCUCUACAGCAGCUGGAUCCACAGUCAGUACCCCAAUGAUGAGCUCUAUAGCAACCGGAUCCACCGCAAGUACCCCAAUGAUGAGCUCUAUAGCAACCGGAUCCACAGCAAGUACCCCAAUGAUGAGCUCUACAGCAGCUGGAUCCACCGCAAGUAGCCAAAUGAUGAGCUCUACAGCAGCUGGAUCCACAGUCAGUACCCCAAUGAUACGCUCUACAGCAGCUGGAUCCACUGCAAGUACCCCAAUGAUGAGCUCUACAGCAGCUGGAUCCACAGUCAGUACCCCAAUGAUGAGCUCUACAGCAGCUGGAUCCACUGCAAGUACCCCAAUUAUGAGCUCUAUAGCAACCGGAUCCACCGCAAGUACCCCGAUGAUGAGCUCUACAGCAGCUAGAUCCACUACAAGUACCCCAAUGAUGAGCUCUACAUCCGCCGGUGCCACCGUUAGCACCGUGGCAACGCCUGCUGGCACCACGGCUAGCACCAUUGCAACGUCUGCCGUAGCCACCUCUACGGCAGCAUCUACUAAAACCCCAGUUGAAGCUCUGCUGACGGCCAUCUCCAGCGAAGGCUGCACCGAGACCCUGCUUUGUGCCCAAGAGCCGGCGAGCUGCGACCCAUCGGUGACAACAUGCUACUUUGUAUCCGCCCAGCAGACUGAAGGACUGAACUAUGGGUUCAGCCUCUCUGGAGAGUCGGAAGGCUACAUAGCCGUCGCGUUGUCAACCGACAGCUCUUUAGGAGGAGGGGACAUCACCUAUAUCUGCGCCAACAAUGAAGGGUCCUUCGAAUUCAUCGGUGCUUCGCUUGACAAUGGUGCUUUGAGUAGACAAACUGUGACCGUGAACUCGGUGAAGGGUCUCAUUGACGGAACCACAAUCCAGUGUACGUUUACAGCCACCGUUCCCGAUGCUACAACCAGAGCACUGUCUACGUCCUAUUCUCUAGCCAUUGUCACCGGAACCCUUUCCAGCUCAGGUACACUUGGAGUUCCCGUGGCCAGAGUCCAGACCCCAGUUCUGGACAUAUCAGACGCCAGUUACAGCCCCAGCACCCAAACCACAGUCUCAACUACCGUGAGCACCUCUAGUAACCUGGCAACGCCUGCCGGAUCCACGGCUAGUACCCCAAUGAUGAGCUCUACAGCAUCAGGAUCAACCCCUAGUACCCCGAUGAUGAGCUCUAUAGCAGCUGGAUCAACCCCUAGUACCCCGAUGAUGAGCUCUAGAGCAACCGGAUCCACAGCAAGUACCCCAAUGAUGAGCUCUAGAGCAACCGGAUCCACCGCAAGUACCCCAAUGAUGAGCUCUAUAGCAACCGGAUCCACAGCAAGUACCCCAAUGAUGACCUCUACAGCAGCUGGAUCCACCGCAAGUACCCAAAUGAUGAGCUCUACAGCAGCUGGAUCCACAGUCAGUACCCCAAUGAUGAGCUCUAUAGCAACCGGAUCCACCGCAAGUACCACAAUGAUGAGCUCUAUAGCAACCGGAUCCACAGCAAGUACCCCAAUGAUGAGCUCUACAGCAGCUGGAUCCACUGCAAGUACCCCAGUGAUGAGCUCUAUAGCAACCGGAUCCACCACAAGUACCCCGAUGAUGAGCUCUAUAGCAACCGGAUCCACCGCAAGUACCCCGAUGAUGAGCGCUAUAGCAACAGGAUCAACCCCUAGUACCCUAAUGAUGAGCUCUACAGCAGCUGGAUCCACUACAAGUACCCCAAUGAUGAGCUCUACAGCAGCUGGAUCCACCGUAAGUACCCCAAUGAUGAGCUCUACAGCAGCUGGAUCCACGGCUAGCACCCCAAUGAUGAGCUCUACAGCAGCUGGAUCCACGGCUAGCACCCCAAUGAUGAGCUCUACAGCAUCAGGAUCAACCCCUCCUACCCCAAUGAUGAGCUCUAUAGCAUCAGGAUCAACCCCUAGUACCCCGAUGAUGAGCUCUAUAGCAGCUGGAUCAACCCCUAGUACCCCAAUGAUCAGCUCUACAGCAGCUGGAUCCACAGUCAGUACCCCAAUGAUGAGCUCUAUAGCAACCGUAUCCACCGCAAGUACCCCAAUGAUGAGCUCUACAGCAGCUGGAUCCACUGCAAGUACCCCAAUGAUGAGCUCUACAGCAGCUGGAUCCACUACAAGUACCCCAAUGAUGAGCUCUAUAGCAGCUAGAUCCACUACAAGUACCCCAGUGAUGAGCUCUACAUCCGCCGGUGCCACCGUUAGCACCGUGGCAACGCCUGCUGAAACCACUGCUAGCACCAUUGCAAUGUCUGCCGUAGCCACCUCUACGGCAGCAUCUACUAAAACCCCAGUUGAAGCUCUACUGACGGCCAUCUCCAGCGAAGGCUGCACCGAGACCCUGCUUUGUGCCCAAGAGCCGGCGAGCUGCGACCCAUCGGUGACAACAUGCUACUUUGUAUCCGCCCAGCAGACUGAAGGCCUGAACUAUGGGUUCAGCCUCUCUGGAGAGUCGGAAGGCUACAUAGCCGUCGCGUUGUCAACUGACAGCUCUUUAGGAGGAGGGGACAUUACCUAUAUUUGCGCCAACAAUGAAGAGUCCUUCGAAUUCAUCGGUGCUUCGCUGAACAACAGUGCUUUGAUUAGACAAACGGUGACCGUAAACUCGGUGAAGGGUCUCAUCAACGGAACCACAAUCCAGUGUACGUUUACUGCCACCAUUCCUGAUGCCACUACCAGAGCAGUGUCUACCUCCUAUUCUCUAGCUAUUCUCACCGGAAACCUUUCCAGCACAGGUGUACUGGGAAAUCCCGUUGCCAGAGUGCAGACACAAGUGCUGGACAUAUCAGAUGCCAGCUCCAGCACCAGUAUCCUCACCACGGUCGCAACCACCACAGUCGCAACCAGUACCGUUGCAAACAGCGGCCGACCAACUCACCUGGCACUGUCACAAGCUCUACUCAUCAUCCUAGGGACCAUGGGCCUGGCCUUGCUAUAAAGAAACUUUAAAGAAACUUUAAGAAGUGACAAAAACAUAAUUGUGAAAAUACAAUCCUUAGCAUCCACAAUUUUUUAUUUGAUGAACAAAACAUUUACAUUUAAUUAACUACAUAAAAAAAACAUUUUGACUGUUUGUAAAAUACUUCACUUGUUUUUUUUUAAUAUAUUCAGUUCAUUAAUGGAGGAUUUUGUUAAUUAAAGGCCCAUGACGAUGCCUGUCAGUUAGCCUUAAAGAGGGAGCUAUUUAUUUUUCUUAACAAUUAUGUCCUUUUUAUAACUUGGGGUGAGACAUGACUUUAGUGUAUAUUUCCACACAUCCGAUUGUAUGUUUCAUGUAUUUAUUGUGUUGCUCUCAGACCAACAGGUUAUCGGGCACUGAAACAAUGUUUGUCCUCUCUCUUCGUUGAAUGAUGCCACUGGAUGGCAGAAACGAUACUGCCUCUAGUUGCCUCAUUGUCAAAUUGUAAAAGCAACCUUUUUUAAAUAAUGGCUUUGUAAUGUAAUUAUGAAAUAUUCUCCUCCCUUUCCCUCUCUUGUCUGCAUUUUUAUCUCUGCCCAUCAUCAUAGAAGCCAUAGGACUGGCCUUGUUAUAAGGCAAACGCCUGCUAUACAGCUAUUCAAUGUCAAGACUAUGAAUGGGUUCAUUAAAGGCAAAAGUGUAAUCGCUCAAUGCUCAAUUGGUCAUUCGAUUUUGUAUUUGUCGAUUUUAGGAGAUCUCUUCAGUUUUUACUGUACAGAAAAAUAUAUCCAGACAGAAAUAUAUCCAUAUCUAGACAUAGAUACCAAUGUAGAGUUUUGUUGAUGGCGCGUUUAGGCAGCCUCAACUAACCCGAAUCCUCUUGACAGGCUCUGGGGCUGGGUGGGGCUGCACACCUGUGACACAUUCAAUAAUCAGGGCACACAGGUUGAACCAGCAAUCACCACACAUGCUCAUGGGUAGCUCUGACAUGCCAAUACGGAGCACCUUCCCUGACUGACACUUCUUCCAACUCUGUUGUUGUUUUCAGGUUACAACAACCACAACCACAACAACAACAACAACACACUCAUUAGGAACUCUGCCUUGUCAGUAUUCAAUACCUGCUCUGCAUGCACAAAACCGUCCAAUUCUACAAUAAACCAGUUUCCCACAACA